UGUGCUCUUUUGCCCUAGUCAGGGGGAGCGGCAGGAAUGUGUGGGAUUCUAGCGAUUCUCGGCUACCAUGAGGCGCAUCUCCAGCGCAGCAAGGUGCUGGAUCUCUCUCGCAGGUUGAGGCACCGGGGCCCCGAUUGGAGCGGCCUGUAUCAUCACCAGAAUUUCUAUCUUGCUCAUGAGAGGCUGGCGAUCGUCGACCCCGCUUCCGGGGAUCAGCCGCUCUACAAUGAGGACAAGUCGAUCGUCGUUGCGGUUAACGGCGAGGUUUACAACCACGAAGCUCUCAAGGCGUCAAUGGAGCACAACUACAACACGCAGAGCGAUUGCGAAGUCAUUGCCCAUCUGUACGAGGACUUUGGAGAAGACAUGGUCCAGAAGCUAGAUGGGAUGUUCUCCUUUGUGCUCCUCGACACACGAGACAAUAGCUUCAUAGCUGCUCGUGACCCGAUUGGAAUCACGCCUUUGUACUUUGGCUGGGGUUCCGAUGGAUCUGUAUGGUUCGCGUCAGAGAUGAAAGCUCUUGUGGAUGACUGUGAACGGUUUGAAACUUUCCCUCCUGGGCAUUUAUACUCUAGCAAAGCAGGAGGCUUGCGAAGGUGGUAUAAUCCACCUUGGUUUUCUGAGUCGAUUCCGUCCAUGCCUUACAAUCCCUUGGCACUUCGUGAAGCAUUCGAAAAGGCAGUUGUCAAGAGGCUUAUGACAGAUGUUCCAUUCGGGGUGCUACUCUCUGGGGGCCUUGACUCGUCUCUAGUUGCCUCCGUGGCUUCAAGGCACCUAGCUAGUACGAAAGCUGGGAGACAGUGGGGACCCCAGCUUCACACCUUCUGCGUAGGCUUGAAAGGUUCUCCAGAUCUCAAGGCGGCAAAAGAAGUUGCCGAUUACCUUGGAACAAUCCAUCAUGAGUUUUACUUUACAAUUCAGGAAGGUCUAGAUGCACUUCGUGACGUAAUCUAUCACAUUGAGACGUACGACGUGACAACAAUCAGGGCCAGCACCCCGAUGUUUCUAAUGUCACGGAAGAUCAAAGCUCUUGGUGUCAAAAUGGUGCUGUCUGGGGAAGGAUCAGACGAAAUUUUUGGCGGUUACCUUUACUUCCACAAGGCUCCUAACAAGGAAGAAUUCCACCGGGAAACCUGCAGAAAGAUAAAAUCGCUCUAUUUGUACGACUGUUUGAGAGCAAACAAGGCGACAUCUGCAUGGGGUGUGGAAGCAAGGGUUCCAUUUCUAGACAAGGAGUUCGUUGACAUUGCAAUGAGUAUUGAUCCAUCUGAGAAAAUGAUUCGACCUGGCGAAAGGAUAGAAAAGUGGAUUAUGAGACGAGCGUUUGAUGAUGAAGAAAAACCUUAUUUACCGAAGCACAUUUUGUAUCGGCAGAAGGAGCAGUUUAGUGACGGGGUCGGGUAUGGCUGGAUCGAUUCUUUAAAAGCCUUUGCUACAAAGCAGGUGAGCGAUCGUAUGAUGGCAAAUGCUAUGUUCGUCUAUCCUCACAACACCCCACAAACAAAAGAAGCAUACUACUAUCGCAUGCUCUUUGAGAGAGUCUUUCCACAGGAAUCUGCGAGACUGAGUGUUCCUGGCGGCCCGAGCGUGGCAUGUAGCACAGCGGCUGCAGUAGCCUGGGACGAGGCAUGGUCCAAAAACCUGGAUCCAUCGGGAAGAGCUGCCACUGGCGUCCAUGCGGACGCAUACGAGUCAUCAGAGGCACACCCUCAAACCAGCACGGUGGAGGAAAUUAGCAAGGAGCAGCUUAAACUCUGUCCUCAAGUUGUGGUGGCAUCGUGACUGUUUCCUUGUUUUAUAAAUUUGUUCCAAGACAAGCCCAAAUGGUAAUACUUUAGUAAAUUUAUUUAUUACCUUAAACUA